AUGUUUUCCAUUCAGCAUCCCCCGUGCGGAUAUCUCCUCCUAGCCUUGAUUUCCUCCUUGGUCCUUGUAGAAGCGGCCCCGAACCCUUCCAAGGCCUGCCCGCCGUUCACCAAAGGCAGCUUCACAAUCCAGCAGUACCAGCUAUACCCGGAAAAUGCGGACUGGGACGUUAACAACUGUAUCGUCUACUUUGGGUCCUUGUUCAACGCCAGCGUAGCCGUGUACGACCCGUACAAGGACUCGAUGGUGGACAUCCUCACCUUCGACGGCAUCACGCACAACCCAACCCUCCAUAUCGGCGGCGUCCAAGUCGACCCGCACACCAAGCUCGUCUCCGUGGUCGUCGACGCCGCCGCCGCCUUCAACACCGCCGGCCAGGACAUCUCGGGCGACAACUUCAUCAUCAAGUACGACCCCGCCAAGAAGCAGGUCCUCUGGAACAAGAACAUCACCGCCGUGACGAACGGCCAGUACGGCGGCUUCCAGGACAUCGAGCACGACCCCCGCGGGAACACGUACGUCGUCGGCUCGUUCCCGGGAACCAUCAUGAAAGUCGACCCCCAGGGGUCCGCCGUCGACCCCUGGUUCCUCCCGCAGCAGAUCAACCAUACCAAGAUGGGCUUUUCCGGGCUCGCGGCGACGGGGGAUAUCCUCUUGGCGAACAACAACGAGGACCGCCAGAUUUACCGGUUCAAUAUGAAGGACGACAAGGGAAAGCCUGAGCUGGUGCCGAGAACGCCCGAGGUCAGCCUGGACAGCACGGAUGCGAUAUACCUGCCGCCGAGAUAUGACGGAAAGGUCCUGCUCAUCGCAGAGAACCUCAAGGGUAUCACCGUGCUGCGGUCUAAAGAUGGGUCGUGGAAAUCAGCUGAGCACCUAGGCACCGUUCCCAAUAACUCUACGGCAGCCCAGGGCGGAAUAGUCACGGCGCCGGUACAGAUUGGGGACAACCUCUUCAUGGUGGAGGAGUUCUUCGCAGACCCUCCCGUGUCCGGCUCAACCGCAGGAAACAGAACGAGUUUCCCAUUGGUUGACAUCACUUCCGACGUUGAAAGGUUGCUGAAAAGGUCAGCCGGCCGUAGAUGA